UUGCGGCGGACGCGUGGUAUUGCCGGUUCUGGGCUGCAUCAGCAUGGAUUCGAAGAGGGCUGAGGGCUGUACAUCAAGACAAGACCAAAUAAGAUUCUCUUGUUGCCAUUGCUCUCUGUAUUUUGGUACUCAACGUGACGCUUCAAAACAUGCGAGGCAACAUUCUGGAAAUCCCUAUUUUCGCAUAGUAUGUCCAUUCUGCAAACGUUUUUUUACAUCUGUUCCGGGCUGGAGUAGGCACUUGAAAACCCAUAAUAUUCCAGAAGAUACCGAGACAUCGAGAUCACACGUGGUGGACACAGACUCCAGGACUAGUGAGUCUGUUGACGAAGAUAAUACAAGGCAUCCUAGUGCAGCUGAGAGUGAGACAGGCCCAAUUUAUGACUCCCGUAAGGAGCUGGCUUCCUUGAUUGUUCGCCUGAGGGCCAAAAAUGUUAUUGAAAGCUCAUGCCGGGAUGUGCUAGAUUUUGUCCAUUCAUUUACUACUAGUGCAAUCAAAGAGUAUGAAGAGGGAAAAGGCACAGAACAUGAAGAACGUGGAAGCAGUGGAUGCUCAGAACCUGACGUACCAUGCCUGAAGAACUGCGCGAAGCUGUUGGGUAAUGAUCAUCUUGAAGCGACAGCUCUGAAAGAAUUUGAUAUUGUUGAACCGGAGACCAUUGUUCUUGGCAAAGAUGAGAAGGGCAAAGAACACUCUUAUCAGUUCAUAUCACUGAAGGAUCAGCUGAGUUCCCGCAUCAGAACUCUUUCAUCUGAAGAUGUUCUAUCGCCCUCCGAUGAUCCAGAUGAGCUGAAGGGGCUGCAAGAUGGGACAGCUCAUCGCACUGUAGAGAAUGACACGCUCUCCCUCGUUCUGUAUUAUGAUGGAUUCCAGGCAGGAAAUCCCCUAGGGAACAAGGCGAAAGAACAGACACUCGGAGGUAUUUAUUGUAGCAUUGGAAACGUUCGAUCCCAAGGGAAAUUGGAUGACAUUUUUUGUGUGCUUCUGUUCGAGGAACAACUUCUUGAGAAAUACACGUGGACUGAGAUUCUAAAUCCUCUCGUACAAGAGUUGUUAGUUCUGGAAGCAAGUGGAAUCGCUGUAGGAGAACAUGCGUUCCAUAUUCGUCUGGCAGUGGUUACUGGAGACAAUCUUGGUGUCCACACGAUCGCAGGAUUCACGAAAUGCUUUUCAGGCGGUGCUAUGAUGUGCCGCCACUGCCAUGGCACAAGAGACGAUAUACGAACCAAAACAAACGAAAGCGAUUUCCAACUUCGAUCCCGCGAUGGUUACGAGUCUGGAAUCCGUCGUCUGGAAGAGGAAGGCUAUGACGCAACUCUCUGCAAAUCUCUGGGGAUUCGAGGGCCAUGCCCGUUCAAAGGUUUGGUGUCGUUUCAUCCAAUGGAUUCUCUCCCACCUGACGUUAUGCACGAUAUACUGGAGGGGGUGGUACCAUCAACGGUCUCUCUGGUGCUUGAAGACUUGCUAUCCCACAGCAUAGUCUCUGGGCAGGCGCUGAACGAAACAAUGCGCACAUUCCCGUACGCGGCUGUGGAUACCAACCACCCCGGGAAACUCGUCAGUGUUGGAGGACAAGGGAAGAGGCCUCAUGUGAAGCGCACCAAGCCCACCGCAAACGAGGCGUGGGUGCUCUUACGCCUCUUCCCAUUGAUGCUGCUUCAUGCUGGCGCAUCCGCGACCUCGCUUGGACAGAAUGCAGGAUUCGGUCUGAUUCUGCGGCUGAUCUUCAUCAUGCAGAUUCUCAUGUCGUUUUCCCUGUCAAUUCGUGAGAUCGAAAUCCUCCGCCAUGAAAUACAUCUGUUCCUGUCACAGCUGCUGCAGUGCUUUCCCAAUCUCAAACUCACACCCAAACACCACUACCUCAUCCAUUAUCCCGCUCAAAUAAUGAAACAUGGUCCAUUACGCCACCUCUGGGCGAUGCGUUUUGAGUCAUUCCACCAAAUCCUGAAGCGCUCCAUUUCCAACUCUCGAAACCGCAAGAAUCUGUGUCGCUCCAUAGCUCUCAGGCAACGAGUUCAUGUGACUGCCAGACAGCUAGAAAUGUGUAGUUCUUCUCCAAGCGAAAGGCUGAGAUACAGAGGUCAGGUUCCCGAGGAGUGCAAAAACCUGAUUCAGGAGGGAACACGUCUGUACAGGAAGGCGAAAGUUGAUGGAGUGGUAUACCAUGCAGGUGAAGCUGUGGUCCUUCCCGAUGGACUAGCUGAAGUCCUCUCCAUCUGCAGCAAGCAGGAUUCGGACUCACUUCUCGUGAGACGCAUCGUAUGGUCAUAUGACAGAUCAGUUGGUGCUUUUCGGGUGUCACGUACGUCAAACUACGGAGUGAAAAGCAUCAGAGCCCUGAGUGGUCGAAGCCCUCUGGGGCUUUAUGAAGUCUGUGGCUGCAUGUUCGCUGUCCCGCGCCAUGUUCUACGAAAUACUGGCAUGACCUAAAGGCCAUGGCAUACCUGGUGUCGUUCGAGUCCGUGCACAAGAUGAUACGCGUCUCACGGAAAAGCGAACUGCAGGCGAAGGCGGCGGCUGCGUUUGGCCUCUCAGGGACAUGUGCCAUCGAGUACUACUGCAAAGAGUAUGAAGAAUACGUCCGCCCGGAAACUGCUGAAGAGCUUCCAGCGGGUGGCAAGCGGCGAGUCGGCUGUCUCGCUUGCGGUUGAGCAGCCUGCUGCUACCAGCAGCCGGGGAGCAGGCGAUGAUCUGAGCAGCGAUGUUGACGAUCCGACUGAACCUGAUACGCGGCACAGGGAGAUGUUCCGUCUCGACCUUAACCGAGGCUUCGAUGGACAGCUGCUGCGAAGUAUCAACGAGGGGAGAGAGCUGUCCAAAGCGGACCGAACGCGCCUUCUGGAUAUAAUCUAUGAGCGUUACGUGGAAAAGUUCCAAUCGAAGUAUCUCAAGGACAACGUCGAUAGCCUUGCAGGUGACAUCGUGGAGCAGUUCCCUGGAUUGUUCCGUGGCAUGCAUCUCCAUGAACGACUGAACGCUACCCGUCAACUGAUCAUCAAUAAAUUUAAGAACAAACGACGUGGAGACGACUCCAAAGAGGUCACCGACAGAAAACGGCGGCGCUCCGGUGUACUGAACUAUCUGCCAGCGGACAAGGAGGACGAGGGAUGCGGUGACCUGCGCUACAAACUCCGGCAAGGCAUGCUGCGUGGAGCUGAGCUUGAUGAAGCGAUGUCGAAGACGUUUGCGGACAGAAGGAUCCUGGUGGUGACGAAGAGGCUAUCCGUACCCAAGCUGAAGAAGCUCUACCCUGCCCUCUUUCAGGAAAUGGAGAUCUGGGCGGAGCUUGCCCGAAUCAGGGGCGGUGGAUCGACCAAGGAGAAUGAGCUGGAGAGGGCGCGUGAGAACCUUUCCAAGGUGCUCACAAAGUUCCAAGUCUGUGAAACGAAUGAAGCUGCGCUGGAGCAUCUCCUCAUCGAACUUCGCGAGGAAGACGCUCUUUACACGGCACCGACGGCCGGAGGUCCAAUGGUUAUAUGGCGUGAUGCCCUCUGGGUCGAGGGAGAGAAGGUAGCUGAUUUUGAGAUACUUCUCAACAAGAUCGACCAAUUCCUCACAUGGGGUGCUGCGUUCUCGGUGUUCGCUCAAAAGCCGACCAAGAAAAGCACGCGGUGCUCCGCAUACCUGGCAACCGUUAUGGUUCUCCAAACAGACGUGCUGAAGCCCCCGAAAGGCCUGGAGCGUAUCACUCAGUAAGCGUCAAGCUCAGUAGAUUCGUGUCGCCUGACUGUCCAUCUGAGGCCCGACUGAGUCGGGUAAGACUUACCUUUUUCCGUCUUGCGGAACUUUUUCACUGUCAGUGGGCCGAGAUAGUCGUGUGUUGAAAGGUCGUCUCAUGUCGACUCUCGCCUCUGGCAGGUCAGCCAUCCUGGGUAGCUGAGGGGUGGCUCUGCGGUUGCGGCAGAACGCACACUUCUGUUGACACACUUCUGUUCACACUUCUGUUGACACGAAAUGACAACAGGUGUGCUGUCAUUUCGGUUUGUGUCGUGUUGUUUUUUUUUUUUAAAUAAAGUCGUUCGCCAAAAACA